CGGACCUUAGUGAUUCCCUAUUCCACAUCCACAACUGUAUUACCGCUCACUCGUUGUGAGUGUGACGCAAAUAAUCUGGCUUUGAGCUAAUUGUUUGAUUCAGUGAUUAACCGCUUUGUAAAUAAAGCUGGGCGCCUCCGAAAGGCAUAACAGGUAGAGCAAUCACUGAAGCACAUUGAAUAAAGCACAUUUGAUUUUUGGACUGAACUGCCUCUAAACACCCAAAUAUCUGUACAUUUUAUAUAUUUUUUCUACAGCAGUAAUCCUUGUUUGUACCAUUGAAUAUGAAUACUCUGAAACAUAUUCCGUGUAUUUUUUUCGUGGUGUCCUAUUUCUCAAUUUAUGCAACUGGACAGCAACAACCUUCAGAAAAGUGUGCAUCUGCCAUUGCUGCCAUUAGAAGCAUCGUUAACACGGUAGAUGGGAAUAUUGCAGAAAGAGAUUGCGGAGAAUGCCAGGGUUUUCCGGGAAAGCGCGGACCAAAAGGUUUUUCAGGUCCUGUCGGACCAAGAGGAUCUAAAGGGGACUCGGGCUCGUGCGUUUGUGACUUAAGUGCUGUUGAGCAAAUUGAGAAAAGAUUGCGACGAAUGAAUGAAGAAUAUUGCUACGCUGGAGUUUACAGCGGAUACAUUCCCAUGUCCCGCAUCAAAGCAUCAUCCAUUCACUAUAGUUGUCCAUUUCAAUAUCUCCGACUACACAACCCUUCAGGAGCAUGGUGUGCAGCAACAAAUAAUGGAAACCAAUGGCUGCAAGUUGAUCUACAAGAACCAACAACUGUAGCAGCUCUGUUGACUCAAGGAAGAUCGAAUUGUUGUAAUCAGUGGGUAGUAUCGUUCAAAGUGUCGUACGGCAACAGUGAGAGUUCAUUGGCAAUGUACCAAGAAAAUGGGGCCACAAAGAUUUUCACUGGGAAUCACGACAAAUCGACUAUUAAAGAGAAUCGCUUCAGCCAGCCGAUUACAGCGAGGUACAUCCGGAUUCAUCCUGUCACUUGGCACGAACACAUCAGCAUGAGAAUUGAAAUUCUAGAUUGCUGAGAUUGAGGCAGAAUACAGUCUUCCUUAAUGUGAUAUUAUUACUUGUUCAAA